GAACAAAGCGGCUCGCGUGAUUGAGAUGUCAGUUUCCCGGCAAUGUCGACGUGAAUCGCCCGCGGUCUCGAAUAUUCGCAAAAAAUAACUCGAUCAGCGCGAACUCGCGAGAGUAACUCGAAGAAACCCGCAUUUUCUCUCGAUCACUUCUUAUAGCUUUGCUUGCACAUGUAUGUAUUUUCUAAAUUAAGGGGCGCGGCUGGCCCUGAUCGAUACUAUUCUUUUAAUAAGGUUUGUGCCAAAAAUAUAUGACGCGUAAAAAAAAAAAGACACUUUCAGCGUCUGUGCGCGCGCGUGUUUUGCAAACCGACGGUAAAAAGAUUAUUGUCGAUCGAUGUUUAAUUUUAAAUUUUUAGCAAAGACUCUAAUCGAGUCGCAGCUUUUCUAUAGUCAAUCAAGUUUUCUUCAACAAUCAUGAUUGCGCGUAUAGAUUCUCUGAGUGCUUGAAGAGAUGCCGCACGAUAUCCGCUUUAAAAAUCUUGAGCGAUAUGACGAGCGGAACAGUUCCACUAAUGCGCUACGCUAGUGUAAACUUGUAAUUAUAGUGACAACAGUUUCUGAUAAUUUUCCUCUAAUAAUUUUAUCUGUUGUACAUUACGGAGGUAUAAAGUAGUAAUACAAAAAUUCCUCGUUUAAAGUGAUAGAUAAUAUAUGAAUUAGUAGUUGUGUGGUGCUACAUAACACUCUUUAACAUCUGCAACAAGUCAGGAUUAACGGAAAAAUACUUUUGGUAAAUUACCAAAUUACUUGGUAAAAUUAACUGUUUACUUAUUCAAAUGGAGAAUAUUAGAGAUUUAUUUUUUUAAUUUUCGAGUUCUAUCGGAAACACGUUAUAAAAUUAACAUGGUUAUUUUUCUGUGAUCGAACAUAUUAGUGAGAAAUAACGCGUUCACACACUUUGUUUUUAGAAUUUUAUUACAAUGAAAAUAAUUACAUGUGCGAAAUAACUCAUGAAAUAACUCAUUUUGUGCACUACUUCAUCAGAGAAAAUUAGAAGAAUAAUUCUUUCACGGGGUGUCUGUGAAUAAAACAAAAAAGUGAUUAUGAUACAGCUCGGAUGGACCGUGAAAACUCGAUAGUGCACAAGUAUGAAUGAAUUGCAAAACUCUGGAGCAUAGCGACGGAUAAGUUUAUGAAUCAAGAUUCGUGUACUUAACGGAUUUUGUCGCGAUGAACAAGAUACUUAUCGGAUGAUCGUGGCAGUGAUAUUGCAUGUGACGUCAGUAAACGUGAUGGUGUAUCGCAGCUGUCGAUUUGAAUUCGCAAAGGGCCCGUUUUGAUUCGCGAGCCACCGCGCCGUCUUCUCAUUUGUACUCAUGGAAUACUGUAGGAUUGUCUUGCUGACAAUCUUAUGGCUGAUGACACAUCGGACGGAAGGCAAAAUGACGUGCCGCGAAGUGCAGCUGCAUCGCGACUGCGAGACUUUGUGCACCACCAGUCGCGACGGUGUUGUUUCUUGCGAGCUGAGAGUCGCUGUGUUACUCGCGGCAGAUCCGAGAUUCGAUAUUUCCUUACCUAAGGUUCUUCCGGUACUCGAUUUAGCGGUAUAUGAAGCGAGAUCGCGAAAUUUAUUGCCCUAUUGGUUGAAAUUGAAGUUUCUAGCGCAAGACGACCAUUGCGACGCAAUGUACGCGCAAACUGGCGCGAUUGACAGUUAUUCUCAUUGCGUGCACUUGUUCCUCGGGCCGGCAUGUGAUUAUUGCGUUGCGGUCGUCGGUAGAGUGGUAAAAUUUUUCGGAGCCCCGCUAAUAACCACAGGAGGCUUUACUUUUGACUUUACCGAGAAGAAGGUCGAAUGUAAAGACGAAUAUUUCAUGACCACAAGAAUCGGAAAUGUAGCCUUUAGGGACAUCGCAAAAUUCUUUAUAUCCAUAAUAGAUCGUUACAAGUGGCGUAAGGUGCAUCUGUUUUACGCGACGAACGGACAGAGUCAAGUUGCUGGAAGACACACGUGUCAACUCAUGAUGAAAUCAAUAGUGGAAUUCAUCAAAAAAGAGCAUAACAUUACCUACGGUACUUUCGACGUCGAAGCUACAACUCCCAAGGAUUAUCCCGAGGCUUUGAGAGAUCACGUUGGCAAUUUCUACAGCGCUCGCGGCGAUUCCGUGCGAAAUGAAAGGUGUGGUGUGCACGGAGAGGGUUACACGAGGGUAUCGACGCAUGCGUCUCGCUCUCACGCUGUCUACCUCGGUGGAGGCGCGCACCGACAUCCACCUACUACACGAUAAACCGAGUGGCGGGACUUGCGCCCGCAUAGAACGAGCGGAUCGCGCUAUGUGGGGGUGCGAUAAAGAGGCAAGGCAAGGAUAGAGAGAUCGACAGAUCAGAAGAUAGAUAAGGAGGGAAAAGUGCGGAGGGGCGGCGAGAGAUCGAAG